CCCUUCCAUAGAAGGGGGAGGAUGGGGUGCGUGUCCUCGGCGUUGCUGGAGGAAGGCGGCGAGGACGACCGCCGCCGCAUCAUCUCCCACCACCACAUCGUCUCCCUCACAUCCUCCACCUACGGCAUCCUCACCUACAACUCCUCCUCCUCCUCCUCUCCCACCUCCGCUGCUGCUGCGCCUCCGCCGCCUCCUCCUCCUCCCCCUCCUCCCCAAACGAAGCCGGAUGAGGUCAUCAACUCCUGGGAGCUCAUGGCCGGCCUCCACGACCCCUCCACCCCGGCAAGGCCUCCCUUGCCUCCCAGUCCAUCUAGUUCCUCGUGCAAGCCCGACCGCCGCCGCCGCAUCCGCUUCCCCCUCCGCCCAAUCGACGGCAACGCUCCCAGCGGAAAGCCUCCAUCCGCGUCCGUGCUGCUCUACACCACCUCCCUCCGCGGGGUCCGCGCCACCUUCGAGGCCUGCAACGCCGUCCGCGCCGCGCUCCAGGCCCACGGCGACGAGUCGCGCCAGCUCCAGUCCCUCAUGCAGCUCUGCGAGAUGCUCUCCAUCGGCACCGAGGACUCCCUCGCCGCCUUCCCAGUCGACGCCUUCGUCCCCAUCCUCGUCGGCAUGCUCGGCCGCGAGGACGAGCCUGCCACCGCCGGCGCCAGCCCUGACGUCAUGCUGCUCGCCGCGCGGGCCCUUGCCAACCUCGUCGACGUGCUCCCCUCCUCCUGCUCCGCGGUCGUGCACUACGGGGCCAUACAGUGUUUCUGUGCUCGCCUGCUAACCAUCGAGUACAUGGACCUCGCCGAGCAGUCUCUACAAGCUCUUAAGAAGAUCUCUCUGGAGCACCCAACCGCGUGUCUGCGUGCUGGGGCGCUAAUGGCUGUCCUAUCGUAUCUCGACUUCUUCUCCACUGGUGUUCAGAGAGUAGCAUUGUCUACCGCUGCAAAUAUCUGCAGGAAGCUGCCGUCCGAUGCUUCCGAGUUUGUCAUGGAAGCUGUCCCUCUGCUCACGAAUCUCCUGAACCACCAUGAUUCCAAGGUACUGGAGCAUGCUUCUGUUUGUUUGACACGCAUUGCUGAAGCUUUCGCCCAUUACCCGGAGAAGCUUGAUGAGCUCUGCAAUCACGGAUUGGUUGCUCAAGCUGCUAGCUUGAUAUCUGUUGGCAACUCCUCAGGCCAGGCAUCACUGAGUACAUCCACAUACACAGGCUUAAUCCGUCUUCUCUCAAUAUGUGCAAGUGGAUCACUGCUGGCAGUUAAAACACUACUUCUUCUUGGGAUCAGCGGCACUCUUAAAGACAUCCUUUCUGGCUCUGGUUUGAUUUCUGGAACGUCAGUGGCCCCUGCUCUAACAAGGCCCGCUGAUCAGAUGUUUGAGAUAGUGAGCCUUGCUGAUGAUUUGCUUCCACAUAUGCCUGCGAGAAUCAUCAAUUUGCCAACGUACUACCAUGCUUAUAAAAGCUCUUCAACAAAGAAAUCUGCUUCCAUCAAACAAGAUGGGGCUGGUUCAAGUUCAACAGAAAACGAGAGGUCUGGCCGUGAGAGGCUAUUGCGUGAGCACCCUGAACUUCUACAGCAGUUUGGUAUGGAUUUGUUACCGACGAUGACACAGGUGUAUGGUUCUAGUGUAAAUGCACCGAUACGUCACAAGUGCUUAUCGAUUAUUGGGAAGUUAAUGUACUACAGCUCCGCUGAAACAAUCCAAUCUCUCCUUGGCACAACAAACAUAUCCAGCUUCCUCGCAGGCAUUCUUGCAUGGAAAGAUCCCCAAGUGUUGAUUCCUGCUCUUCAGAUAGCAGAAAUAAUGAUGGAAAAGCUUCCAGAGACAUUUUCUAAGCUGUUUGUGAGGGAAGGUGUUGUUCAUGCUGUGGAGUCACUUAUAUGUGCAGAAUCCUCCAAUGCACUGCCUUCUCAGGUACCACCGCAGGAUAAAGAUAAUGAUUCUCCCAUGCCGUCACGUUCUAGGCGUCAACGCAGGCGUGGGGGUGCUGUGCCAGCAGAAAACAGUUCAUUAGAUGAAUCAAACAGUUCCAAUCUUGGGGUUACCUGCUCAACAACAAGCACUUCCGAAGUUCCAAACACCAGCCUGCGAUUUGCAGUUAGCGAUCAUGCAAAGUCUUUCAAAGAUAAAUACUUCCCGACGGACACUGAUUCAAGUGAUAUUGGAGUUACUGAUGACCUUCUUAAACUGAGAGCACUCUGCACAAAGUUCAAUACUGCAAUUGAGAAUGCCAAAACAAAAGCCAAAGGGAAAUCAAAAGCUGUAAGUGCCGAUUGUUUUGACAUCUCAUUUGAUGUGGAAGAACAAUUAGACGAAGUGAUAUCUGAAAUGCUCGGUGAGCUUAGCAAAGUUAAUGGUGUCUCCACAUUUGAGUUCAUUAGAAGUGGAGUUGUCACAUCAUUGCUUGACUAUUUGUCCUGUGGGACGUUUGGGAAGGAAAAGGUAUCUGAAGGAAACCUACCACAGCUUCGUCAGCAGGCCCUUAGGCGAUACAAGUCCUUCAUAUCUGUUGCCCUUUCUAUUGAUCAUGAAAGGGAUGGAACUCCCAUGGCACUGUUGGUUCAAAAACUACAAAGUGCAUUGUCUUCGUUGGAACGUUUCCCCGUUGUGCUUAGCCAGUCUAGCAGGAUUGGUAUUGGAGGCUCCCGUCUGACCUCAGGUCUUAGUGCUCUGGCUCAGCCCUUCAAGUUGCGUCUGUCACGAGCUCAAGGUGAAAAAUCACUUCGGGAUUAUUCAUCAAAUAUUGUGCUUAUUGACCCAUUUGCCAGUCUAGCAGCUGUUGAAGACUUCCUUUGGCCCAGAGUUCAGCGCAGUGAGGUUGCUUCGAAGCCUAUAGUUCCAUCUGGAAAUAAUUCUGAAUCAGGGGUUCCUGGCACCACAGCUGGUGCAUCAUUAACAGCUGCAACAGCUCAUUCUGGUCGGCGUCCAACAACAAGAUCAAAAUCAUCUGCUGCAAGUAGUGGUACAUCUAAAAAGGAUGCUCAUGAUGAAAGCACUAGUACUGCCAAAGGAAAAGGCAAAGCUAUAGUAAAACCGAACUCAGAUGAAUCAAAGGGACCUAAUACCAGGAACGCUGCCCGCCAAAAAUCUGCUUCAGAGAAGGAUUCAGAAAUGAAGCGAGCGCAUGGUCACAGUAGCUCUGAGGAUGAAGAGCUUGACACAUCUCUCGUUGAGAUUGAUGAUGCUUUAAUGAUCGAUGAUGAUGACAUUUCAGAGGAUGACGAUGAUGAUCAUGAGGUUCUCCAAGAAGGGUCUCUUCCUAUCUGUUCUCAAGAUGGUGUGCAUGACGUGAAAUUGGGUGAUGCUGAUGAGAACAUUGGGUCAGCCAGUUUUAGCCAGGCGCAGCCGUCAUCUGGCUCCAUUGCUAGAAACACAUCUAGCAGGGGACCAGAUUCUUCUGAAUUUCGAAGUGCAAGCACAUUUGGUUCACGAGGUGCAAUGUCAUUUGUUGCUGCAACGAUGGCUGGGCUGGCUUCUGUCGGUGGUCGCAGUGUUAGAGGUAGCCGAGAUCGGCGUGGUCUGUCACUUGGAGGUAGCAUGAGUGAUCACAAUAAACUCGUAUUCACUGCUGGUGGGAAGCAGCUCAGCAAACAUUUGACAGUGUAUCAAGCUAUCCAACGUCAAUUGAUGCUUGAUGAGGAUGAUGAAGAAAGGUUCAAUGGAUCUGAUUUAUCCAAUGAUGGAAACCGCUUCUGGGGUGAUGUGUUCACAAUAACGUACCAGAAGGCUGAUAACCAAGCUGAGAAGGGAUCCCAGGGGGGUUCCACCUCAUUAAACUCAAAAUCAGAUUCUUGCAGGUCUAUCUCGGAAAUGCAGGGUGUUUCUCUUCUUGAUAGCAUCUUACAAGGAGAACUCCCUUGUGAUCUUGAGAGAACAAACUCAACAUACAACAUUUUAGCACUGUUACGUGUACUGGAUGGGCUUAAUCAGUUAUCCUCUCGUUUAAGAGCACAAGGAGCAUCUGAUGAUUUUGCUGAGGGAAAAAUCAGGACCCUUGAUGAGCUAUAUAGAACUGGAGCCAAGGUACCUUCCGAGGAGUUUGUCAAUAGUAAGUUGACGCCAAAGCUUGCUCGGCAAAUGCAGGAUGUUCUUGCACUCUGUAGUGGCAGUUUACCUUCUUGGUGCUAUCAAAUGACCAAGGCCUGCCCAUUUCUGUUUCCUUUUGAGACAAGGAGGCAGUACUUCUACUCCACAGCCUUUGGGUUGUCACGAGCAUUGAAUCGACUCCAGCAACAGCAGAGUGACAAUCACAGCUCUGGUGGUGAAAGAGAGGUCCGGUUUGGCAGGUUACAACGCCAGAAAGUUCGUGUUUCCCGUAACCGUAUUCUGGAUUCUGCUGCUAAAGUUAUGGAGAUGUUCUCCAGUCAGAGGGCUGUUCUUGAGGUGGAAUACUUUGGUGAAGUUGGGACCGGGCUGGGGCCUACUUUGGAGUUUUAUACUCUUUUAAGCCAUGAACUACAAAGUUCUCAGCUGGGGUUAUGGAGAUCUACUUCUCCAUAUGAUUCAGGAUUGCAAAUUGAUAGGAGCGAUGCAAUUAAUUUAGACCCUGAAGAUGGCUUAUCAGGAAAAGAACUCAACUCAGACUUACCUGGUGAUGGCAGGCAUUUGAUACAAGCUCCUCUCGGAUUGUUUCCUCGGCCUUGGCCACCUAAAGCGGAUUCUUCAGAAGGUACCAGAUUCUUCAAAGUUUUGGAGUAUUUCCGCUUAAUCGGUCAAGUGAUGGCAAAAGUCUUGCAAGAUGGCAGACUUUUAGAUUUGCCUUUAUCAACUGCGUUUUAUAAGCUGAUCCUUGGACAGGAGCUUGAUUUGUUUGACAUAGUCUCAUUUGAUUCUGAGUUUGGGAAGACAUUGCAAGAACUGCGAGUUCUUGUUGAACGAAAGAAGUUCCUUGAGUCCACUCCUGGCGAGAAUCAGCUUGAAGUUGCAGACUUGCGUUUCCGUGGUGCUGCUAUUGAAGAUUUGUGUUUAGAUUUUACUCUUCCGGGUUAUCCUGAUUAUGUUCUUAAAGAGGGUGAAGGAAGCACAAUUGUUAACAUUUACAACUUAGAAGAGUAUAUUAGUUUGCUAGUGGAUGCUACAGUUAAGUCAGGGAUAAAGCGACAGAUUGAGGCAUUUAGAUCAGGGUUUAAUCAGGUUUUUGACAUCUCGUCCCUCCAAAUAUUUUCACCUCAAGAACUUGACUAUCUAAUAUGUGGCCGACAAGAAAUUUGGGAGCCGGAAUCCCUGGUGGAUAACAUAAAAUUUGAUCAUGGGUAUACUGCUAAAAGUCCUGCGAUCGUGAAUCUGCUUGAGAUUAUGGUGGAAUUCACCCCUGAGCAGCAGCAUGCGUUCUGCCAGUUUGUAACUGGUGCUCCUCGCCUUCCACCUGGUGGUUUGGCGGCCCUUAGUCCCAAGCUUACAAUUGUUAGGAAGCAUCCUUCAAGUGUGGUAAAUACUUCAAAUUCAACUGGGGUGACAGAGCCUGCGGAUGAUGAUUUGCCUAGUGUGAUGACGUGCGCUAAUUAUCUGAAGCUGCCUCCGUACUCCACAAAAGAAAUCAUGCGCAAGAAGCUGCUUUAUGCAAUCCUGGAAGGCCGAGGAUCAUUUGAUCUUUCAUAAAUGAUAUUAUGUCCGAACUAACAUACAGGGGUCAAUUUAUGUAGCAGAAUUAGUUUCUUGGUUGGUCCCUCUAACAUAGGUUGAGGUUACUAGCCGCCCAGCAGACUGCUUCAAGGGUGAGAACCAGGUCCUCAAUCUGAUGCAGAGGGCAGGCUAGGCUGUAGCCGCUUGAGGAGUGCACCAACAAGAACAGAAAUCUCUCUCGUUUUCGGUACAUGUAAAUAAAAAAGGAAUUUUUGUUCCAGAAUUUGUACCUGGUUGUGUCGAUCCAGAAUUUCAAUCUUUGUAAACAAAAAGCAACCUGUACAUGUGUGAUAACUGACUGAUAAUAAAUGUGGUGCGGACGUGCCCUUCUGUCGAGA